AUGACACGUGCAACACGUAACCAAGCAAUGGAGGAGGAACAGGCCGGCCGCCGCGCGACAAGGGGGACGUCUAAACAAAUCGAUAGGGAGAGUGGUGGCGGCGCUAAAAAAAACAAUGCGUCCGUCGCUCGUGGCAUUGGGCCGAAAAAAGCGGCGGCAAAAAAGGUCGCGCGCGGUCAACAGGAGGCCGGCAAGAAAGCAGCAGACAAGGGGCCUAAACCAACGCCACGCAAGCGUGUUUCUACAGUGAACAAAGCUGCGGAUGGUGCCUCUGCUGGAACCGAGCCCGGUCCGAGUAAAGACGGCACCACUGGCGGCAACGAAGAUCCGGGGCGAGGGAGCGCGAGUCUUGCACUCCCGUCGGCGGAGAUGGAGGGUUCGGCGACAGGGGGAAAUCACGGAGGCGAUCCUCGCGCCGAGCAUGCCGCAACCAAGGAGUCCGAGGAGGCGGCAACGCAACACCAUCUGACGCUGCUCCAGCCGAGCGUGGUCGAAGUUUCUGCAGCCGUGCUGGAUAAGGACAAGGUGGCACAGCACGAGUCGGUGGGGCUGGUCGGUGGCUCUCCUCCUUCUGGUGGACGGGGAAGGCGUAGGCAAAGGAAGAGCGAUGGGGAGGAGGAUGAUGACACCGCCGUGCCCGGGGACCUCACCACGCGGGCGAAGAGGCGCCAGACGACAGGUAGUGCUGACAACGCCGGAGGCGCGGAAGUUGACACACCGCGAGGCGCCAAGGAAGCUAGUGGCAAGGCGGGCGGUCAAGCAUUGCGCCAGAAGGGCCGCCCCGCAGCAAGAAAAGCAUCUGGCGGAAGGAGAGGCAAGAAAGCAGCGACAGGAACGAGGCCGAAACGGGGCGAUGAAGACCCCGGUGAUACGGAGGAGGAGGAGGAUGAGGAGGAGGAUGCGGAGGGAGAGGAGGAUGAAGAGGAAGCGGAGGAGCAAGACGCGGAUGUUGGGGAGGAUGCUAAAGAUGAGAAUGAUGGCGGGGAGGACGAAGAGGAGGAGGAGGAGGAGGAGGAGGAGGAGGAGGAGGAGGAGGAGGAGGAGGAGGAGGAGGAGGAGGGGGAUGAGGAGGAGGAGCUGGGUGACGAGGAGGAGGAGGAGGAGGAGGAGGAGGAGGAGGAGGAGGAGGAGGAGGAGGAGGAGGAGGAGGAGGAGGAGGAGGAGGAGGCAUCAGAGAAGGAGGAGGAGGAGGAGGAGGAGGAGGAGGAGGAGGAGGAGGAGGAGGAGGAGGAGGAGGAGGAUGUGGCGCCAGGGAAGAGACGGGGCGGGCGUGGCGGUCGGGUGAGUGGGACAGGGAAGGAGGGGGGCCGGACUCGCCCUUCCCGAAAACGCGGGGCAGGUGACGCUGCGCGCGGCGAAGCAGCGGGCAAACCGAAGGCGCGUAAGGUGAAGGUCGAAAGUGAAGGGGUUGGUAAAAAGCAAGGGAGCCAGGGUGCAAAAGGGGAUGGAGGAGGAAAGGGUGGCCGCGCCAAAGGGGUUCGAGUGGGUACCGGCAAAAAGGAACCUGCCGGUGAAAGUGAGGAGCACGAGCAGUUUGUUACACGGGAGGAGUUCCAGGCGCUGCGGUCUGAGAUGUACGCCAUGUUUGCACAGCUCGGCCUGCGUCGUGGAGUACCUGCCAGCUAUGCCGGCGGGUCGGCAGCCCUGCCUAUGGCUGGUACCCCGCCGCCGACGAGCGCCGUGGACAAGGCACGAGUGCUAGUGUUGCAGGAGACAAACCCAUUCCCGGAGGGUGUGACGUGGCGGAAGGUGAGGGUUGGGGAAGACGUGGCGGAUGCAGGUGGGUGUGACGUGGGGGAAGACGUGGCGGAUGCAGGAGGGUGUGACGUGGCACGUGGGGCUGGUUGGUGGACGUGGCGGAUGCAGGAGGGUGUGACGUGGCGGAAGGUGAGGGUUGGGGAUGACGUGGCGGAUGCAGGUGGGUGUGACGUGGGGGAAGGUAUAUCUCACAGCAUUCUCUGCAUUCUCACUUCUCUCUGCAUUCCCGCUUCUCUCCGCAUUUUCACACCUCCCUUCCACUUUUCUCACUACGCGCUUGCCUCCCACAAAUAUGAGCAGGAGGAAGGGGAGAAGGGCAAGGACGACAAGCUACCCAAGGGAAUAGAAAUGCAGCAAGACUUCGAUGGGGAUAUGCAUGAUAUAAGCGAGGAUGAGGAGGAGGAUCAGGAGAAGGAAGAGGAGGGAGAGGAGGAACAGCAACUGGAGGAGGAGAUGGGAGAUGUUGGUGAUAAUGCUGAUGUGGUUGAUGAGAAGAUUUGGAAGGGGGAUGAGGAGGAGGAGAAGGAGGGAAAGAGGGAGAAUGAGGAAGGACUCGACGAUUUCGGGGGCGCGGGAGGAGGAUUUGGAGGUGGGAAGGAGGAGGGAGGGGAGGAGGAGGAAGGGGAGACCGAGGUGGAAGAAGCAAAGGAGGCUAUGGGAUCACAUGGGAGGCCGCAAGAAGAGGAGGAGGAGGAAGAGGAGGGAGAGGUGAAGGAUGAUGAGUGGGACGAGAUGGAUGGGGCGAAUGAUGGUGCUGGCGGUGCUGCUGCUGACGCUGCUGGUGGUGGGGAUGAGGAGGGGCAGGAGGAUGGGGAGGAGAAGGGUGAGGGAGAAGGGGAGGGUGAAGAGGAGAAGGAGAGGGAUGCUGAUGUGGAGAAGGAGGAAGGGGAGGAGGGGGAGGAGGAGGGAGAAGAAGGGGAGGUGAAGGAUGAGGAUGGGGAGGGAGGUGAGGAGGAGGAAGCGGAGGAGGGGGAGGAGAAAGAGCCUGAGAACAUGGGCACGGGAGCAGAGGCAGCAGUAGCAGAGGAGCAGAUGGAGGAGGAGAAAGAUAUCAAGGGGACGAAAUCAGCUAGAGAUCAGCAACAGGAUGGGAAUGAGCAAGUGGCAGGGGUGAGGGCUGCGGGGACGGCGUCUGUUGAUGUGAUGGGGAUGGAAGUGGAGGAGAAGGAGACCAAGGGGCAAGGGAAGGAGGAGGAGAAGGAAGAGGAGGAGAGGAAGAAGAAUGCAGCAGAGGAGGAGGAUGGGGAGGGGGAGGAGGCAGGAGGGGCGAAGGAGGAGGGUGAGGAGGAGGAAGAGGAGGAGGAAUUGGAAGGAGAAGAGAUGGAGGUGGAUGGGGACGCAUCUGGAGCUAUGGAUUCGAGCUUCGUAUCCAUGAGAUGGAAAGAGGAGGUCAAGGAAACGGCGCGCUUGCGAGAGGCGGACGGGGAGAAGGAAGAGGGAGAGGCCGAAGAGGACGGAGCAGGAGAGGGCGCGGACGCUGCUGGCGGCGCGAGGGAAAAGGUAUGGACUGAGAUCGAACUAGAGCGCAUGCGAGCCGAGGUAGAAGCGCAGAUGCAGCGGAUGCGGGAGAGCGAGGAGGGCCGGCAGAAGCUCGAAGCGGCGCGCGACGCGUGGCGGAAAUACGAGCUGCUGUGCAGCGGCGCCUCUCAGGAGCUAGCAGAGCAGCUGCGGCUCAUUCUAGAACCUUCCAUGGCGACCAAACUGCAAGGAGACUACCGAUCGGGGAAGAGAAUCAACAUGAAGAAGGUGAUUCCGUACAUUGCAAGCGGGUUCAAGCGGGAUAAGAUCUGGCUGAGGAGAACCCGCCCGGAUAAGCGCAAAUACCAGGUGGUUCUAGCUAUUGAUGACUCGAGAAGCAUGUCGGAGGCACGGUGCGGGCAUCUAGCGCUCGAAGCAAUGGCCACGAUUUGCCGAGCGAUGGCGACGAUCGAGGUUGGGGAGAUCGGGGUCGUUGCUUUCGGCGAGCCGGGCAACGUGCGCAUGCUGCAUGAAUUAGACCGGCCGUUUUCUCCUGAAGCAGCCGUGCAAGUCAUCUCGCAAUUCUCGUUCAAGCAGGACAACACGAUUGCGGAUGAGCCAAUGGUGGAGCUGCUGCGGUUUCUGUCUGGGGCGCUGGAUUCUGCUGCGAUGAGAUACUCUGCGAGUGCGGGCACGGGAGGAGGAGGACAUCUGGAGCAGCUGGUGCUGAUUGUGGCGGAUGGGCGGUUCCAUGAGAAGGAGACCCUAAGGCGCACAGUGCGGCAUGCCAUGGGCAAGGGGCAGCUGCUGGCCUUCAUUCUGCUGGACAGCCCUUCUGAAUCCAUCCUUGACAUGCAGGCGGGGUCCCAGCCUUCUCUCAACCUACCUGAACUGACUUUGAGAUUCAUACAAGCCAUAUCCCGUUUCUCCCUGCCCUCUCCUGCACCCCUCCUGCAGUCCGUGUCAUUCUCAGACGGGGUGCCAGCCUUCUCAAGCUACCUGGACUCCUUCCCCUUCCCCUACUACAUCCUUCUGAGGGACAUCCACGCGCUCCCUCGCACGCUGGCAGGCCUGCUUAGACAGGUAUGGCAUGGGGAAUGCUGGCAUGGGGCUGAAGAGGUGACUUUAUCAGUGAUAGGGAUGGCAUAG